GAGAGCGGGCCAAAAGGGGAGGCGGCGGCCCGAGUGGGCCUCCAUUGGCGCCUCAGACUGAGGCCCUUGCUGCUGCUCUUGGGCCUGGCUUUGUCUUCUGGCGGGAGAGCGAGGAUGGUGGUUCCCUCAGCGGCCUUGGCAGCAUCUCGGUGGGGAAGGGGGCGCCUCCUCCUCCUCCUCCUCAGCCCCCAAAGCCGGCUCCUCGGCCCCGGGAGAGAGAUAUGUAUACAACAAGAAAGAAACAAGUCUUUCCACCUGCAAUCAAAAAUGCCUGCUUGUGACUUUUUGCCUGACAAAUAUGAGUCUUAUCCCUAUGAGCAGAUGGUGAAGAUCCGCAAAAAGAAUAUUUCUCCAUCUUUAUAUACUUCUUACAAGAAGCCAUUGCUUAUCCAUCAGGGAUAUAUGCAGUGGCUGUUUGACUUUGAAGGACGUAGGUACCUCGAUCUCUUUGGUGGAAUUGUGACUAUCAGUGUUGGUCAUUGCCACCCGAAGGUAACAGCAACUGCUCAGAAACAGCUUGGCCGCUUGUGGCACACAAGUAACCUCUUUAUGCACCCAGGAAUUCAGGAGUAUGCAGAGAAACUGGCCUCAUUGUUUCCAGAUCCCUUAAAGGUGAUUUAUCUAACAAACAGCGGUACUGAAGCCAAUGACCUGGCAAUGUUUAUGGCGAGACUUUUUACACGCAACUUCGACAUCAUUUCUUUGAGAGGAUGUUACCAUGGUGGCAGUCCUUACACACUGGGCCCAACUUCCCUGUCACAUUACAAGCAUGUUAUUGCCAAUGGGCUUGGCUGCCAGACGACAAUGUUGCCUGAUGUUUUUCGUGGCCCCUGGGGAGGAAGCCAUUGUCGAGAUUCUCCAGUGCAAACAAUUAGAAAAUGUACCUGUUCUCCAGACUCAUGCCAUGCAAAGGACCAAUAUAUCGAGCAGCUUAAAGACACCUUUAGAACAUGUGUUCCAAAGGCAAUCGCUGGAUUUAUUGCUGAGCCCAUUCAGGGUGUCAAUGGAGUUGUGCAGUAUCCCAAGUUCCUGAAGGAGGCUUUUCAACUGGUGCGGAAAAGAGAGGAAAAGGAGGUGUGUAUUGAGACGAAAGUUCAGACAGGGUUUGGUCGAAUGGGCAGCCAUUUCUGGGGAUUCGAAGGACAUGAUGUGGUUCCUGACAUUGUUACCAUGGCAAAAGGAAUUGGGAAUGGCUUUCCAAUGGCAGCAGUUGUCACUAGAGCAGAGAUUGCAGGUGCCUUGGCUCAAAGUACACACUUCAACACGUUUGGAGGAAAUGCUGUGGCCUCUGCAAUUGGGUCUGCUGUUCUUGAUGCAAUAGCAGAAGAUGGCUUGCAGAAGAAUUGUGAGGACGUGGGAACCCACAUGCUUUUAGAGUUUGCCAAGCUGCGGGAUAAAUUUGAAAUUGUUGGAGAUGUCCGUGGCAAAGGGCUUAUGAUCGGGAUGGAGAUGGUUGAGAAUAAGGAAACUCGACAACCACUCCCACGUCAAGAGGUGGCCCAAAUUGUAGAAGACUGCAAAGAUAUGGGAGUGAUAGUUGGCCAGGGUGGACUUUACUUGCAGACAUUAAGAAUUAAACCUCCCAUGUGCAUCACUAAGGAAGACGCUGACUUUGCAGUGGAAGUUUUCCAUGCAGCUUUAACAAGACACAUGGAAAGGAAAACAGCUGCAAACUAGCAUCCCACAAGGGCCUGUGCUUCAACAGCACUUACAUCAGUUAAAUUCACAUCAUAGAACAUCUGCACCUGUGAUUAAAACUCUGCAGCGGGCAAAUUAGUAUUAUUUAACAGGUUUACUGUAAGAAACACCACUGGCACUGCAGCUCCCACAUGCACUGUGACAGGCAGUUGAUCUUCUCUAAGCAGAUGAGGAAAUCCAACUGGUACAUGCCCAUCUUUGUUCCUCAUCCAUCAAGUGGAAACAGGCUUUUGUGUAUUAUAUAUGUCCCCAGCUAGAUGUGGAAGCAUCCUAUGGCGAUUCUGUCUUCCUACCCUGUUGCAACACCUGAAUAACAUAAAGCUGACUUUCUUAUGAAAAAAAAAGGAUGACAACAAUUAGCAGCUGUUUUAUUUGUUUGUGGAAGAUUUCAGUUUAAGGGAGGAGUCACUAAUGAGCAGCUCAGGCUGUCACACUGCUCCUUUGGGAACAAGCCAGUGACAGCAGACCUGUAAUAUCUAAAUACGGGUGUCAUCUGCUUCUGAUGCUGGCAAUCCAACAGGCACAAACAUCUCAAAUAGCAAUCUCAACAGUGAUUAAUUCCUCCACAAAUACCAUUAGCCCAAUAAUAAGUUUUAUGUACUGAAUCAUCUAUGUAUUCACAGUAGCUUAUUCCACAUAUUGUUGCUUCAAAUUAUAUACCUCAUGUUUCUGGCUCUACUGCCUAAUUCCAAUCCCAGCUAGAGUACAUUUAUUGGAUCAGUGGGAUUCACAUAAGGGUUGAUUUACCGUUAAGUAAUUGAUUCAGUGGGCUACUCCAGUUAAAUCCAAAGGCAGUCGGAUUUAAGCCUGUAAUGAGAUAAUGUGUAAUAAAGUAAACACAUACAGUAAUUAUUUGGAA